AUGUUCGGUGUACUUGUUGCGCUUGUUAUUUUGUUAUAUUUCAUCAAACAUUUUUAUGAUGAAGCUUAUAAGAGACACGAAAAUUUUCCUCCAGGACCGCUGAAGUUGCCAGUGUAUGGUGGUUACUGGAUUAUUUUGCUAAAGGCUUAUAAAAAUCUAGGCCUUGCCACCAUGAGGCUAGCCAAGGAGUUUAAUACAAAAGUAGUAGGCCUUUAUUUAGGCAGUUGUCCACAAGUUAUCGUGAAUGAUCCGGCACUGGUCAAGGAAGUUCUGCUUCGGGAGGAAUUUGAUGGGAGAAUGGAUACCAUUUUGGGGAGGCUUAGAAGUGGUUGGAAGAAAUUGGGUUUGUUCUUCACUGAUGGAUUCUUCUGGCACACGCAGAGGAGAUUUUCAUUACGAUACAUGAGAGAUUCUGGAUUCGGUCGUCGCUGUGAACACCUUGAAGAAGCAAUGACAAAUGAUUUUAAGAAUCUUUUGGACAUAGUGAAAAAUGGGCCAAAAAAUGAAGAAGAAAAGAAAAUCGUGAACGGUGACCUCAUUUACCUACCGCAUUUCUUUGACGUUCCGUUUCUCAAUGGAAUGAUAUAUGUAUUCACUAAAAGCCCACUUCCACGUGAAAAGUACCCAUUAUUAUGGAAUCUUGGAAGAAAUGCCUUAGGUUUCCAGAGAUCUUCAAAUGACCUCGGUGGCGCCCUAGUCAUCACGCCGUGGAUAAAAAAUAUUCUGCCUAAGUUCUCUGGCUAUGACGCUGCUUUCGAACGGACGAAAGCUAUGAAGGAACUCUUUAGGGAGAUCAUUCAAGAUGCCAUAGACACGUACGACGAUUCACACGAACGGCAUUUCAUUGAUGCAUACAUAAAGAAAAUGAAACAGGAACUCAAGGAAAAAGAUCGCACCACAUAUUCAGUGGAACAGCUAGAAAUGAUGUGCAUCGACUACUCCUUCCCCUCUGGCAGUGGUGCUGAAAUGGUUAUGACCUUCCUCAUCGAACGAAUGCUGAUUCAGGGAGAAAUUCAAGACAAAAUACACGAAGAGAUUGAUAGGGUUGUUGGACCUGAUCGUUUGCCCACUCUUGAUGAUAGAUGCAAUCUGCCGUAUACUGAAGCUUGCCUGCGUGAGAUAAUGAGAACUGAUACUCUAGUCCCCCUAGGAAUAGGUCAUCGUGCCUUGACCGAAUCUAAAAUAGGUGGAUACACAAUACCAGAGAAUACAUCGGUUUCUGUGAACCUGAUGAGCUUACACUUGGAUAAGAAGACUUGGGGCGACCCAGAAAACUUUAGGCCCGAGAGGUUUAUUCAAGAUGGAAAAUUAAAUGUCUCUCUGGAUAAAAGCCUGCCAUUUGGAGCCGGUCGAAGACUGUGUGCUGGUGAAACAUUCGCGCGGCAGGGUAUGUUCCUGCUUAUGGCAAUGUUCAUGCACUCUUUCCACGUCUCCACCGUCGACGGGAAACCACUGAAAGAUCGCUCUACAAGGAUAGAGGGACUCAUUAGUACCAGGCCAGAGUUUUGGGUUCGCGUAAAGCCAAGGAAUCAGCUUAUUUUGUAG